GCUCAUUCAUGCAACGGCCAGGUGGCUCUGCCUUCUUCGAUGAAACAACCUCAUUUGUGGAUCCAUUUCCAUUCCCCAAGUGGUCUGUACUUUCCUGUAGGGUGGAGAUGCAAACCCAUGCUGUGGCAUUGCUCAACUGCUUGUAGCAACUAUGAGGAAGAAACAGAGCAAGGGAGGUGUCCCUACCCUUUCUAAAUUUGCCAAGUGCUUGGUUGGGCUGCUCACAUCGUCUUUGGACAACCCCAGAGUGACCAGGAGGCAAGAACAGCAUCUGAGCAAAAAUGAGAUCUCCCUUGGAAUUCAUAUUCCUGCUUCUCAUCAAAGGCUGUCUUCCGUGUGCUGUAAAUGAGGACCAGCAGCCACUGGAGACCUACCUCCUGAAUAAAAUGGCCCAAUCUGCCAUGGCUUCAGAAGCUCUUCCCAACCCCAAUGUUUUGCUGGCUCUCCGUCUUGCUCAAGAUCACAGUCUGAACAUUGAGCGCAGGUUACUGAAGAAGUUGUCCAAGGACGCAAUAGAUAGGAUGAAGAAUGUGAAAACCUUCUCCUCGGGCCAAGUGGCCCUCUAUGCCUUGGCUCACCAGGCUGCCUGCUCAAAUCCCCGAAGAGUCUCGGAUGAAAAUGUCCUGCUUGAUCUAGUGUCACUCUUGGAACAGAAAUUUGACAUGGAGAUGAAGAACAUCAACAACAGCAAUAACCCUCUGACCAACUAUUACCAGCUGGGCCUAAGCAUCCUUGCCCUCUGCCAGCUUCAAGGCACUUUUUCACCUUCACAGAUAGCAGAUCUGUUCAGCCCAGAUGAGAAGAAAUAUUACCUUUCUGGCCAGUUUUCUGUAGACACUGCAGCAUUAGCAAUUUUGGCUCAGAUCUGUGUACAGAACACCAUGAAUGAUGCUGCACUGGUAAAAGAGAACAGGACAAUUUCAGCAAAUGUACAGUGGCUGCUGAAGAAAAUGUUGGAACACAAAAGUAACCGUGGCAUAAUUGGGAACAUGUACAGCACUGGGGAGGCCAUGCAGGCUUUAUUUGUAGCUGACAAAUAUCUUGUUCCUGGAUCCUGGAAUUGCACCCAGACUUUGGCAACAGUCCUUAGCGAGAUUCCUAAAGGCACUUUUGACAAUCCUAUGGCUGCUGCCCAGCUUCUCCCAUCUCUGUGGGGCCGGACCUAUCUUGAUGUGAAUCGUUUUAACUGCUCCAAAGACAAAGGUGAUCACUUCACCUACUUUGCUCUCCAACAAAUCAUGCCAUUUGCCUCUCAGCGUUCAAUUACGGUUAUGUACACGGUUACCGACAGUUACAGCAACAGGUUCUCUGAAUCUACCACAGUCACUGUCCCAGAGAGUUCAGUUUUCUUCAGAGUCAUGGAGGCUGCCCAGGAAAAGGACCCUAAGAAGUUCAGGUUCACCUAUGAGCAGAGUCAAUGGGGCCCUUAUAUCACCUCUGUGCAAGACCUAAGAGCGGACAACGAAAAUUGUAUCUACUGGAAGCUCCUCAGUGGGAAAACUCCCUUGAGCAAAGGUGCCGGAGAAUAUGUUGUGUCUGAUGGAGAGAGUUUGCUGGUUAAAUUCACAACUUAAGCAAGCCUCAUUCUUGUUGAACCACAAUGAUCCCAUCCCAGAAAAUCUAUAGUUCACCAAGGGCUCCAUAAUAAAUAUAUUAUUUUCAUUAUUUUUAAAAUCUUUUUCGAACUUUUGCGAGUUUGAAGCAUUGAAGAUCGGGACCAGACUGUUGGCAGCUUCACCCCCUACAAAGACUUUAUUGUUUCUAACCCUUUAAUAAAUCGUAUCUGCUUUCUUUGA